CCAUUGAGUACUAAGUAUUAACCCUUUGAAACUUUCUACUUCUCACCUCCACCCCAAUACUGUUUGAAACUUUCGGCCGCCCAAAGAAUACGUUUAACGGCCGCAAAACCCCAAAACCACCGUUUUCAAAUCCAACUCCAAGGUGUUACUGCCGAAAUGUAUCUCUACGCUCCUCAAUCCGUCUCCGUCAAAUUCUCAGCAAUCCCUUGUUUCGGUUCGUCUCGGCGGGACUUCAAAAUUCCCGCUAUUUCCAUGUCUGCAAUUGAAGUCUCCGCUCACAUUCCGGCAGCCCCCAUUUUUCUUCCGGAAGGACCUUGGAAGCAGAUUCCCGGCGGAGUUACAGCUGCAGAAGGAUUCAAAGCUUCCGGAUUGUAUGGCGGUCUUCGUGCCAAAGGGGACAAGCCUGAUCUUGCGCUUGUCACUUGUGAUGUUGAUGCCACUUCUGCUGGAUCGUUUACCACGAAUGUGGUAGCAGCUGCGCCGGUAUUGUAUUGCAAAUCUGUAUUAAAGACUUCAGAAAUGGCACGAGCAGUUUUGAUCAAUGCUGGUCAAGCCAAUGCAGCAACGGGUGAUGCGGGAUAUCAAGAUGUAAUAGAGUGCUCCAGCAGCCUUGCUAAGCUGCUUCAUUUGAGACAAGAGGAAGUGCUGAUUGAAUCCACUGGUGUGAUUGGUCAAAGGAUAAAGAAGGAAGCACUUCUAAAAUCUCUUCCAAAACUGGUUAAUUCACUGUCAUCGUCAACUGAUGGGGCAAAUGCUGCAGCAGUGGCAAUCACAACAACCGACCUCGUUAGCAAGAGUGUGGCAAUUCAGUCUCAGGUUGGAGGGACAAAUAUAAGAGUUGGGGGAAUGGCAAAAGGUUCCGGGAUGAUCCACCCAAAUAUGGCUACCAUGCUGGGAGUAGUAACAACCGAUGCAAUGGUUAGCAGUGAUGUUUGGAGAAAAAUGGUUCAAAUUGCUGUCAACCGAAGCUUCAACCAAAUAACAGUAGAUGGAGAUACAAGCACCAAUGAUACUGUCAUUGCGUUAGCUAGUGGACUAUCUGGAACCAAGAUAUCUUCCUACAACAGUAACGACGCAGUCCAACUUCAAGCAUGCCUUGAUGUGGUAAUGCAAGGUCUUGCCAAAUCAAUUGCUUGGGACGGAGAAGGAGCAACCUGCUUAAUUGAGGUCACAGUGACUGGUGCAGACAAUGAGGCUGAAGCAGCAAAAAUAGCACGGUCGGUGGCAUCUUCUUCACUAGUAAAGGCUGCAAUAUAUGGCAGAGACCCAAACUGGGGGCGCAUCGCUGCUGCUGCAGGCUAUGCAGGGAUACCUUUCGACCAAAGCAAGCUCCAAGUAUUACUAGGGGAUAUUCUGCUCAUGGAUGGUGGGGAGCCACAAUUAUUUGACAGGAGUUCGGCUAGUAACUACCUCAAGAAGGCUGGUGAGAUCCACGGCACAGUUGUAAUUAGUGUAUCCGUAGGUGAUGGCCCGGGACGAGGUCAAGCAUGGGGUUGUGACCUAAGUUACGAUUAUGUUAAAAUUAAUGCCGAGUACACAACAUAAAGUGCUCAUUUCGUCAUUGUGCAACCCCAACUGGAAUUUCAAAUGAGAUUAUUCAGGCUGUUAACUCUUCAA